ACAGGCGAAUAUCCUUCGGCCAGCCGAAGUGUGAGCCGAACCAUUCAAAUGUCCUCGUGGGGGCGAAGGUUAGAGGCGAAGCUGCCACGGCAUUGAGGACCUGUAUAAAAGCGGGUGCCCAUCGCCUGCCAGAGGCAGUCUUCAGUCAGACUUCGACGUGUCGCGUUGGCCAGCAUCCAGUUCCUCUAAAAACAGUUCUUUCCAAAUAAGAAACUCGCCUCUUACCAAAGAACUGAUUUGACCAAAAAUCCAAGUGUCUAAGUGCCAAAAAGUGAACUUAAAAAUUUCAAAAAAAUCCCAAAAACAUUUAAAAUGGAUACACUCUCACCAAACAACUGCUCCAAGUCGAGCUCCAGCGGCAGUUCGGCGGCCAGUUCCUCAAUGGAUCUGGGCAAGCAGCAGCAGAAGGAGCUGCACCAUCACCUCCAUCCCAGGAGUGGACCCAAAAAAUUGUCGCGCUCCCGAAGCCUGCUGCAGCUGCUCAGCAAGCACCUGGGAAGGCACUUCCACCAUCAGCACCAUUUGAACGAAACUGUCUACAGCAGCCAGGACGACAUUCGCAGCAGCUCCACAGACUCCUUCAGCCUGAGCUACGAACGCGGCAGCCACGAGUGUCCCAUCAACGGAUCCAGCUUGGACUUGGAGCACACCUCCAGGACCUCGAGUGCCUCGGCCUGUUCACGUUACUCGCCUGGCCUGGACUUUUACGAUCAACAGGGCCACAUCUAUGUGGAUGCAGUCUACCGACCAGGCAGUGCCAUGGAGCAAAUGCAUCCGCAGCUGCAGUUCGAGGAGGACAGCAGCGAGGGCAGCUGCAACGAGGGCGAGGACGAGGGCACCGACGAAAAUGAGAACGAGAACAACAAGCCCCGAUCCGCAUCAGCUGCCUCAGCCACCGGCUCGGCCAAGUCCUCUGGCCUCCACCUCAGCCGGAUCUCCAUCUCGUCGUCGGUGAGCCGGAUGCUGCAGCACUUCUCCAGUCCCACGGGAAACUCCUCCCUGCGGUCGCUGUCCUGCAGCAGCACUCCGCUCCGACAGCCCAAGAAGUCCCUGUCGCCGCACAACUCCAACAGCAGCAGCAGUAGCAGCCACUCCAGCAGCUCCAAGUCGUGCGGCGCCCCAGCCACCAAGAAGGAGAAGAAACAGCAGAGCAUCCUGCGGCCACCAGUCCAGUACGUCUACAUGAAGGGCAUGUCGGGCCUCUAUUCCCGGGUGCCCAGUUACGCGGUCUGCUAUCCCUACACCCUCCAGCAUAUGUAUUAGACAUCCAACGUAGAGUAAUUAGAAUUUAAGGGUUAACAAGGGUAAAUCGGGGAAAGCUGCAAGCUGGUUGGGGGUCUUGAGAAUAUAAAUUUAGGAUUUCCUAGUGAUGUACGAGUAGUGCCUGACAAAAAAUUGAGAUCUGAAUAGCGGAAAUGGUCGAAUGGGAAGAGAGAAUAAUAUAUAUACAGCGAACAUAUUUUAUAAAUGUGUCACAGCUGAGUUCGCAAAAAAAAAACAAAAUAACGAAGCGAACUGGGCCCAAUAAGUGUACCUAAAAAAUACUACGCCCCGGAAAUCAAAUACCUAUAUAUCCACACCUGUAUGUGCUACGAUAUAAACCAUAGAUGAUAUAAUUGUCUUUGGAUACUUUAGGGACUUUCAGUUUACACAGGAUAAAUAAAAUUUAGCUUCAAUGUAAAUCAAAAUGUUAUAUAGAGGCCCCAACAUAUCUUUGGAAAGUAAUCCUUGAAAAACGAAAAAAAACACAGACAAAAACUCAAUUUUGAGAACCUUAGUUGAGGAAAAAACAAGUUUAAACUAUGUUUUGAAGAGAAAACAAUUUUUGCACUUUUAAGCUAGUUUCAAAUAUACUUUGCACUAAUUU